AUGAAAGGGCCACCCAGUGCUCCUGCAGAAGACCGUUCAGGAACUCCCGACAGCAUUGCUUCCUCCUCCUCCGCAGCUCACCCACCAGGAGUUCAGCCACAGCCGCCACCAUAUACAGGAGCUCAGACUCAAGCAGGUCAGAGCGAAGGUCAGAUGUACCAGCAGUACCCUCAGCAGGCGUGCUACGGCACUCAGCAGCCACAGGCGCCCCCGCAGCCGACGCAGCAGUACGGUAUCCAGUAUUCAGCAGGCUAUAGUCAGCAGACUGGACCCCAACAACCUCAGCAGUUCCAGGGAUACGGCCAACAACCAGCUUCCCAGGCACCGGCGCCUGCCUUCUCUGGUCAGCCUCAGCAACUGCCUGCUCAACCGCCGCAGCAGUACCAGGCGAGCAGUUACCUUCCACAAACUUACACUACCCAAACUUCUCAGCCCACCAGUUACACAGUGGCCCCUGCCUCACAACCUGGAAUGGCUCUACGCCAACCCGGGGCUUAUCAACCAAGACCAGGUUUCACUCCACCUCCUGGAAGUACCAUGACCCCUCUUCCGAGUGGGUCUAACCCUUAUGCACGUAGCCGUCCUUCUUUUGGUCAGGGCUAUACCCAGCCUGGACCAGGUUAUCGAUAA